UCAUACAUGCAAAACGCAUUAGAAGAGUACGACAAAAUUGUUUUGAGUGGAAAUUAAAACAAGAACGCUGGUAUUUCGCCAUAUAGAUAGACAAUGAAUAGGGUAUUGAUGCUGAGGUCCCUGGUUCCCCAGGCCAGGUUGAACUUCUCCACUAGUGUUAGGUCACAGCUUGAAAGCAAAAUCAAGGAGGGCCAAUCUAAGUUUCAGAGUGAUAACGGACUUCCAAUUCAUCUUAAAGGAGGCGGCUUUGACACAUUCACCUAUGCCACUAUCAUGGGACUGACGGUGGUUGGCACGGCAUUGACCUGUUACUCCCUGUUUGAUUACUCAAUGCCCAAGAAGUAGAUGAUCUCCUUGUAAAAACCCACAUUGCUUUGAAGAGGUUCCUCAACAUGUCCCCUUUUUCCUCCCUCCGUCUCCUCCGUCUGUUUCUGUAGACCAAUGAUUGGCAGAAUGAAGCCGUCAAAGCUGGAAGGAAUGUCGAUCCCAGAGUUCGGAUAGCCUACAAUGCAGCCAUGAGUAUUGCUGGAGUCUGUUUUGCCUUCCUGGGCUACGCUUUCUAUAUUGCUGCUGGUAAAGCUGAACAAAAGAGAAAGACUUGAACAAUUAUAUGGACAACAAACAUACGAGAUUACUUUGCAUAUAUAAUGAUACAAUCUGCAAUUUUUGUACUAUAACAUCAUUGCUGUCGAUAGUGAUCAUGAAAACUUGAAAUGGUUAUCCUUUAUACACAUGUACAUUACCCACAGAUAAAAGUUUGAAAUGUACAGUUUCAUACAGCAGUGACAAAAGGGCCGGCCAGUCCUUUGCUGAAUAAAUCUUUCUUCAUUACAGCAUUGCGACGAGUCGUAGAUAGAUCGAUGGUCCUAGGUGGAGUCUAUUAAUGUUUUUUACCACUGGGUAAAAAAAACACAAUUCUGCGUAAUGUUUACACUAGUGCAGAAACAUAAACCAUCUCUGCAUUUUUGCUUGAGAGUAAAAUAAAAAUCACACAGUAAUCAAUGCAAUGUUAACUCAUCUCUGUCCCUUUUUCUGCCUAUCUUUGGUCAAUAUAUUUUGAGGAGCCUUAUUUCAUCGCAUCUUUAACAUGACAAUUUCUUUUGUUUAGGGCAGUUUAAAUUGUGUUUGCAUGUUAGUGUAUAAAUGAGCAACCUUGUGUUUUAAUAUUAAAUAGAUACAAUAUUGAUGUGAAUUGAUCACAGAUCUGCAAAAGCAUGAGUUUCAGGAUGAUUGUCUUUUAAACUGCAAAAGCAUGAGUUUCAGGAUGAUUGUCUUUUAAACAAAUCGUCAAUUCAACUGGAAAUUGUUUAUUUAUUUGCCAAUAACUCUCAUAAUUAAAUACAUGACAAUGUGAUUUUGUAGAAUUGUCAAGGAACAAUACUUUUUCAUAUUCAAUUGUAAUGGUAAUAAUAGGUUCUAGACAUCAAUAUAAUAAUAACAAAACUGCUCAUCAAGUUCAUCAAGUAGCUUAAAGCACUAAGCAGCUUUGCUAAGCAGAAUGCUUUAUCAUUUAAAUUCUUUGAAAUGAUGCUUGUCUGAUUUUGCCUUGCAUUUGAGUGUGUUAGCUGCGAAUGCUAAAAAAACCGAAACAAGUGUGAUAAAACAUGUCACAGGAAAGAAUAGUGCCCAAAUAUCUGCAGUACAGUGAUACUAUAUUCCUUUAUAGGCCUAUUGCAUUUUUCUUACACAUGAUCAGAUUGUAUGAUCAUCCAUCAACUAUGUGAAUGGCUCUGGCAAAACAGUGAACUUUAACCUAAUAACAAGUGUGAUAUAGGUAAAUCGUGAAAAUCGUUCCAAACCAAACAGUGUUUUUGUUGUAUUUUGAUUAACCAGAGUCUUGAGAAAAUGUUCUAUAAUAUGGUGACAUGAAAAUCUCCAAUUGGUCACUGAGAUUUAAUAUCGCCAUUUCCUUGGCUCAGCUGUAAGACAUUAUGGUAAAUGUUGAGGAGAUUAGGGUUUUGCCAGAGGUGGGAUUCGUAAUUCUAGAAUAUUUCUUGUUUGACAUGGUGUGAUUACAAACUGUAAAUUUGUUCUAGAAGCAGAAAUACUACACAGAUUGGCUGACACAACUACUACACAGAUUGGCUGACACAAUGUUUUGUUUUUAAUUCAUGAUUGGUGGUACAGGUUGAGAGUGUUCGUUAAUUUGAAUAAAGUUUCACCUUAUUAUAUUA